AUGACAUCACCAAUCUACGACAUUGAGCUUGUCCGAAAUUAUUAUCACAUUCUCUCACUUUCAGUGACUCCGGUCAUUGCCUUGGUGCCGUCACUCGAUGACAUGGAAGAUUCUCGCCAUGAUGCCCCAAGUCCUGACAAUGACAGAUGGAGACACUCGGUAGAAAAGGAAGAGGACAAUCGCUCGGAGGAAGAUGUGAUCACUCAUGUUGCCGACCCAUUUGGGGAUGAAGGAAAUGCCGAAACAAAAUACCGGACGUUAGAAUGGUGGCAAUGCGGUAUGAUCAUGAUCGCGGAAACCGUCUCUCUCGGUAUUCUGUCUCUUCCAUCUGCGGUGGCAGUGCUAGGCCUUGUCCCUGCACUCAUUCUCAUCGUCGGGCUUGGUAUUGUUGCAACCUAUACUGGAUAUGUGAUUGGCCAAUUUAAACUCCGAUACCCGCAAGUACAUAGCAUGGGAGAUGCUGGGGAGCUGCUUUUUCAUCCCCUUGGCCUAUCUCGGUUCGGUAGGGAGUUCAUGGGAGCGGCUCAGCUGUUCUUUCUGAUCUUCGUCAUGGGCAGUCAUAUUUUGACCUUUAGUGUCAUGCUGGAUACUGUCACAGAUCAUGCCACCUGCUCGAUUGUAUUUGGAAUAGUUGGCUUGGUCGUCUCAUUCAUCUUUGCUUUGCCUCGAACUCUUCGCAAGGUCUCCUGGUUCUCAUUUGCGUCUUUUGCAAGUAUCAUUGCCGCACUCCUGAUUACUAUGAUUGCAAUUGCCGUCCAGCGCCCGGGUGAUGGCAAGGUAGAUGCAACUACAACAGUCAGUCUUUCAAAGGGAUUUCUGGCCGUGACAAAUAUUGUAUUUGCUUAUGCUGGUCAUGUGGCUUUCUUUGGUUUUAUAUCUGAGAUGAAGACCCCAACGGACUAUCCCAAGACCCUAUACCUGCUUCAGAUCACCGACACGAGUAUGUAUGUGGUAGCUGCUGUUGUUAUAUACGUAUACGGUGGAAAGGAUGUGAAAUCCCCCGCCCUGAGCUCGACAAGCCCCAUAACAGCAAAGAUUGCAUAUGGAAUUGCUAUCCCUACGAUUGUCAUAGCCGGUGUCAUUAACGGGCAUGUCGCAUCCAAAUACGUUUACGUCCGGAUUUUCAGGGGUACAAAUCACAUGCAGAAGCGAACAUUUUUAUCGGUGGGAUCAUGGAUCGCGAUUACUCUUCUGUUAUGGGUGAUAGCAUGGAUUAUUUCAGAGGCAAUCCCCGUGUUUAACACUUUACUCAGUUUGAUUACUUCCCUUUUUGCUAGCUGGUUUACCUAUGGCUUAAGCGGUAUAUUCUGGCUGUUCCUCAAUCGGGGCCUGUACGGGGCUUCCUGGAAAAAGAUGGUUCUAACUGCUAUCAACCUGGUCAUUGUCGCAAUUGGUGCAUGUUUGUGUGGCAUGGGUCUCUGGGUGUCUGGUAAAGCGAUUCACGAUGAUUCCAGCGGGGCCAGCUUUUCAUGCGCUACCAAAAGUGGAUGA